UGGCGAUGUCCUACCUGAGCCGUGCCUGGCGGGUCCCCCGCCGCCUGCCAGCCCCCCGGAGAAGCCCCCAGCCCUUCAGCAGCACCUCGGGCCCCACGGCCAAGAAGAACGUCCCGCACCAGAAGACGCUGCAGGAGGAGGGUCCCGGGAGCCGCCAGCCCAGCCGGGCCCCGCCGGCCUCGGCGCAGGUGGUGGUGGUGGGUGGCGGCAGCCUGGGCUGCCAGACCACCUACCACCUGGCCAAAAUGGGGCUGAGCGACGUGCUGCUGCUCGAGAGGGACCGCCUGACCUCGGGCACCACCUGGCACACGGCGGGUCUGCUGUGGCAGCUGCGUCCCAGCGACGUGGAAGUGGAGCUGCUGGCGCACACGAGGGACGUGGUCAGCCGGGAUCUGCCGGCCGAGACGGGGCUGCACACGGGCUGGGUGGAGAACGGGGGGCUCUUCAUCGCCUCCAGCAAGCAGCGCCUGGAUGAGUACAAAAGGCUCAUGUCGCUGGGGAAGGUGUACGGUGUGGAGUCCCACGUGCUGAGCCCGUCCCAGACCAAGGAGCUGUACCCUCUGAUGAACAUUGAUGACCUGUAUGGCACCCUGUACGUCCCCAAGGAUGGCACCAUGGACCCCGCUGGCACCUGCUCAACUCUGGCCAGAGCAGCGACUGCCAGGGGCGCUACGAUCAUCGAGAACUGCCCGGUCACGGGCAUCCAGGUGAGAACUGAUGAUUUUGGGGUGAAGAGGGUGCACGCAGUGGAGACAGCCCACGGGACCAUCCAGACUCCCUGCGUGGUGAACUGUGCAGGAGUGUGGGCACGGGCCCUGGGCCGGCUGGCGGGCGUGCAGGUGCCGCUGGUGGCCAUGCACCACGCCUACGUGGUGACCGAGCGCAUCGAGGGCAUCCAGAACAUGCCAAACGUUCGUGAUCACGACGCCUCGGUCUAUCUCCGUCUCCAAGGCGAUGCCCUUUCCGUGGGUGGAUAUGAGUCAAACCCCAUCUUCUGGGAGGAGGUAUCUGAAAAAUUUGCUUUUGGCCUCUUUGACCUGGACUGGGAUGUUUUCAUGCAACACAUUGAAGGUGCUGUCAACAGAGUGCCAGUUCUGGAGAAAACAGGAAUUAAAUCCACUGUCUGUGGGCCAGAGUCGUUCACAGCUGACCACAAACCACUGAUGGGAGAAGCUCCCGAAGUCCGAGGCUUCUUCCUCGGCUGUGGCUUCAACAGUGCUGGGAUGAUGCUGGGAGGUGGCUGUGGCAGGGAAUUGGCUCACUGGAUCAUCCACGGCCGGCCCGAGAAGGACAUGUAUGGCUACGACAUCAGGAGGUUUCACCACUCCCUGACCGACGACAACUGCUGGAUCCGGGAGCGCAGCCAUGAGUCCUACGCCAAGAAUUAUUCCGUCGUCUUCCCCCACGACGAGCCCCUGGCAGGGCGCAACGUGAGGAAGGACCCCCUGCACGAGGAGCUGCUGCGACAGGGCUGUGUCUUCCAGGAGAGGCACGGCUGGGAGAGACCCGGCUGGUUCAGCCCUGGGGGAGCAGCCCCGGUCCUGGACUAUGAUUACUACGGUGCCUACGGCCACCAGCGCCACAGGGACUACACCUACAACCUCCUGCUGGGGGACGAGUACACCUUUGACUUCCCCCCUCACCACCACAUCAUCAAGAAGGAAUGUUUAACGUGCAGGAAUGCCCUGGCUCUCUUUGACAUGUCUUAUUUUGGGAAAUUCUACCUGGUUGGCCCUGAAGCUACGAAAGCAGCCGACUGGCUGUUCAGUGCUGAUGUGAGCAAAGCUCCAGGCUCCACCGUGUACACCUGCAUGCUGAACCAGCAGGGCGGCGUGGAGAGCGACCUGACGGUCAGCAGGAUCAGCCCUGGCACCCCGGGCUCCCCCCUGGCCCCCGCUUUUGAAGGGGAUGGCUACUACCUGGCUAUCGGCGGGGCUGUGGCUCAGCACAACUGGUCCCACAUCACCACCGUGCUGCAGGACAGGAAAUUCCAGUGCAAACUCCUCGACUGCUCCGAGGAGCUGGGCAUGAUGAGCAUCCAGGGCCCUCUGAGCCGUGCUGUCCUCCAGGAAGUGCUGGACACCGACCUCAGCAACGAGGCCUUCCCCUUCUCCACACACAAAAUCACCAUGGCUGCAGGAUGCCAGGUCCGGGCCAUGAGGCUGUCGUUCGUGGGCGAGAUGGGCUGGGAGCUGCACGUGCCCAGGGCUGACUGUGUGAAGGUUUAUCGGGCAGUGAUGCAGGCAGGAGCCCGGCACGGCAUCGCCAACGCCGGCUAUAGAGCCAUCGACAGCCUCAGCAUCGAGAAAGGGUACAGGCACUGGCACGCAGACCUGCGCCCCGACGACACCCCGCUGGAAGCGGGCUUGGCCUUCACCUGCAAGCUCAAGUCCAGCAUCCCCUUCCUGGGCCGGGAGGCUGUGGAGGCUCAGAAGGCCAAGGGCGUCUUCCGCCGCCUCGUGUGCUUUACCACAGAGGAGAAGGUGCCCAUGUUCGGCCUGGAGGCGGUCUGGAGGGACGGGGAGGUGGUCGGCCACAUCCGCCGGGCAGAUUUUGGAUUUGCCAUCGACAAAACCAUCGCCUACGGCUACAUCCGAGACCCUGCAGGGGGCCCGGUUUCCCUGGAUUUUGUGAAGAGUGGCAGCUACGAGCUGGAGCGGAUGGGAGUGACCUUCCCGGCCCGAGCUCACACCAAAUCCCCGUUCGACCCCGACAACAAACGUGUGAAGGGCUUUUAUUGAGGGCUGCCCAGAGGAUGGAGGAGCUGCUGCCUGAACUCCUGGCCCCAUGUGUCCCUGCUGGCUCUGGGGCCAGCUGCAAGAGCUGAGCAACCUCCUGGAACUCACCAAGUCAACGUGGGUCGAAUCAGAGGGGAGAGGAGGAAGAGAUUCCAAAAAGUGCAAAGUGCUCUGUUUCCCAAGUGAAGCGGUGCCACUGCAGCAAUAAUUCUUUUCCGUGGGUUAAUUGGCCUGCAAAUGGUGUUUGGUCUCACUGGGUAUGAAGUGGUUUCAAUUUUUGACUUUGCUGGAAACUCUUUUCCCUCCAAAUGUAGUUUCACGCUGCUUGGGAAUGAUUUUUUUUUAAACUAGCUCUGCUGUUCAUACAGCUGGAACCUCCAAACCUGCCAUUCCUCUGGUCCCUUGCUGUGUCUGUCCCCACUCCCAUGGGUGUCACCUCAUCCUGGCUGGCUCCUGGGAACUCUGCUGGAGGGAAGGGGCAGCAGUGCAGGGACAUUGCCCAGCUCCUCUCUGCCAGGGCUGUUUGUGUGUCAUAAUCAUGGAAUCAUGGAGCAGCUUGGCUUGGAAGGUCUGGUUGAGGUGUCAGGGCAUAGGUUGGACUUGAUGAUCUUUGAGGUCUCUUCCAACCUCAUUAUUCUGGGAUUCUCUGUGUGACCUCAAAGCCCAUCUCAUUCCAUGGGUUCCAUGGGCAGGGCCACUUCCACUGUCCCAGUUGCUCUGACCCCCAUCCAGUCUAUCCUGGGACACUUCCAGGGACACUUCCACCGUUUUUCUGGGCUGCUCCUGGCACAGGCUGUGGUGUAAGGUGCCCAGUGAGGGCACUGGCCCCACAGCUGCCCUCGGCCCCAUCCCUGGUCCCUUGUGGCAUCUUCCCAAAGGUCACCUUGGAGGUGGCUCCUUUUAGCUCCCAGCAGAGAGGGGGGAUGCUGGCAGAGGCUGAGCUGUGAGCUCCAACCCCUGCAGCCUCUGGCAGCUCAGAGCCAGCCUUGGGGGCAGAGGGAGGGCAGCAGGGGGGGUUUGCCCUCACACACACGCAGCCUGUACUGAAGGGAAGGAUCAGCAACUCCCCAUCACCAUCCCUUUGCUCUGGUCCCCUCCCGGGCUCUCUGCUGGAGCUUUCACCCGCCUGAAGAAAUAAUCUCACUCCCUGCUUUUCCCUUUUUCUCCCUUGACUAGGUUUGUUUGGGUCAUCCCCUCUUUAGAGCUGAUUUCAAUUCCUUGCCCCUUGUGCCACGAGCGCCACGGGCAAGAGUGUGAACUUUGAAAUGCUUUGGUUUUAGUGAAAACAUUAAAAAACAAGACUGAGAUGAA